AUCAUGUGAUUAAACAAAAAGCGUCAUUUGAGUCCUGACAAGGAAGGUAACAAUCAUGAAAAUUUUAAUUCUCGCAGGGUUUUUGGUGGCAGCGAUAAAUGCUGCAGUUGUGCAGGAGUUCGAGUUAUUUGACUUGAAGCCUGCCCGCACAGUGCAGAGAAAGACGAGCAAAUAUGGUUUCAUCCCAAUGAUCAAGGAUGAAGAUUUUGGUGUCAAGACCUACCCACGGCCUCAUGAGUUCCUCAGCGUAGAGGACUUGCCCGCCAGCUGGGACUGGAGGAACGUGAAUGGCGUGAACUACGUCAGCACCACCAGAAAUCAGCACAUCCCGCAGUAUUGUGGCUCUUGUUGGGGAAUGGGCUCCACCAGCGCUCUGGCAGACAGGAUCAACAUCCAGAGAAAGGGGGUGUGGCCAUCAGCGUAUCUGUCAAUCCAGAAUGUGAUUGACUGCGGAGAUGCGGGGUCUUGCGAGGGCGGAGACGAUAGAGGCGUGUACGAGUACGCACACAAGUCGGGCAUCCCUGAUGAAACGUGCAAUAACUACCAGGCCAAAGAUCAGGACUGUGACGUAUUCAAUCAGUGCGGAACUUGCUCUACAUUUGGAAAGUGCUACGACCUUCCGAAGUACAACGUGACCAAGGUCGGUGACUAUGGCUCCGUUUCUGGUCGUGACAACAUGAUGGCGGAGAUCUACAAGAAUGGACCAAUCAGUUGUGGUGUCAUGGCCACUGACGGACUUGAGGCAUACAUGGGUGGAAUCUUCGCUGAAUACCACGCUUUUACGGAGAUUAAUCACAUUAUCUCUGUUGCCGGGUGGGGCGUGUCGUCUAACGGCACGGAGUACUGGAUUGGUCGAAACUCCUGGGGAACCCCAUGGGGUGAAGAAGGAUGGUUCCGUAUCGUGACGAGCAAGGCGAUGGGUGGCAAGGGAGGUAAAUACAACCUUGCAAUUGAAACCCGCUGCGCCUAUGGGGACCCCAUCGUGCCCAGUGUUCCACACAAGCCUUGAGUUACCGUGGCGAUGAAUAAUUACUGAAACCCUACAACUUAAAUUUUUUUUAAUCCUAUUUAACAAAUUCCGUAUCUUUCACUUAUAUUUGCCAGCCAGUCUUGGACCAGCAAAAGCCAAAAUGAUCCCAGUCAUUUACUUAUAGCCUAAAUCUGUUAAAGGAAAACAUAUGUUUGGACAACUGUUUACAUGUUGCAAUAUAAAUCACUCUUUUUGAUAAAUGAAAAAUUACUGGACAGAAUGAUGAUUUAAAAAAAUCUUAUUGCCUUAUGUGCAAUGCAAACUGUGAAUAUGGAUACUGAAAAUAUAAAGGUUUUAAAUUCAAAUCGUUGUUUUGAAGUGUUGUGUUUUUAACUUUUGACUAUGUAAAAAAGUCAGUUAUCUUGUAAAUUGUAAGAACAGAGUUCCAUUAGAUAUUCAUGCAUAUGUGCUAUUUGAUACUCAUGUGAUAUUGCUUGUCUUUACAAUAAAUAAAAUUAUUUUUCAGGAAAA